UAAAAGCAGCUAAAUUCCAUUUGCUUUCGCUAUCGAUUUAACCUGUACUAUUUUUAACAGAAGCGCGUGCCCGGGAAAUUAGGUGAACUAAGAGGAAAUGGUGCCUCUGCGAGUAUUUUACUGCAAGACAAUUUAAAGAAAACAGUUCAAUUGGGUAAUUCGCUUUAAUAUGUUGACUUAGCACGAGAUUAAAACCAUAUACUAAAGCUGUUGUUAAACUUUGAGAUUCAAAUAAACAAUCCAAUAAACCAAAUGUAUUAUAAAAAGGGAGAAUGGAGUCGCCAUGGUAAAGUCGCAUAGAAGAUUCCGAAAGGUCAGUUACGCAAAAAUGGCACCUAUAGUGGAACGGGUUACGGACAUUCCAGUCAUUGAAUUAGGAGAAGGACCACACUGGGAUAUCCAGACCGAAAGUCUCUACUUUGUUGAUUUAUUUGGAAAAGCCAUCCAUCGCUAUGUCCCGAGAACUGGACAGUGUACGAAAGCUGAGGUUGGAAAACACGUAUCUGUGAUCAUUCCAAUAAAAGGAAACUGUCAACAGUUCGUGAUCGGUUUGGAAAGGGAGCUUAGUCUAGUAACAUGGGAUGGAAUCUCAGAAAAACCGUCCAAAAUUGAAAAAAUAGCCGACGUUGAUAAAGGAACACAAAAUAGAAUGAACGACGGAAAGUGUGAUGCUAAUGGAAGGUUAUGGGUAGGUACAAUGGGUCCAGAACCUAUUAAUGGGCAUGUUGAACCCGACUUAGGUUCUUUAUAUUCGUGGAAUAAAGGAAAACUGCAACAGCAUUUGACAAAUCUGGGCGUUUCGAACGGUUUGGCCUGGAGUUCCGAUUCAAAGAAAUUCUAUUUUACAGACACGUUUACGUAUAAAGUCGAUGAAUUUGACUAUGAUAUCGAAAAUGGAACGAUUUCAAACCGAAAAACUAUUUUUACACCAAACAAGCAUGGUAUAAAGGGUAGUCCGGACGGUAUGACAAUCGAUGUCGAUGGUAACUUAUGGAUGGCACUGUUUAAUGGAUAUAAAAUUGUGAAAUUCGACCCCAGAAAACCUGAAACUCUACUUAAAACAAUUGAUAUCCCCGCUAAACAGGUAACUUCUUUAGCUUGGGGAGGUCCCCAGUUAGACAUUUUGUAUGUUACCACUGCUGGAUUUACUGUGGAUGGAGAAGUACUACCCCCACCAGAUCAUGGUGCCACUUACCAAAUCACAGGAUUAGGCACGAAAGGCUUACCAGCCGCAAGUUGUGUUUUGUAAGAGUUGAGUGCUAAAAUUCGUAUUUUUAUCUACUUUUAUUAAAUUAUGCAUUGCAUGUACGUGCAAUUAAAUAGUUUGAAGCGCUAGUCGUUGUAGGAAACAUUUCAAUAAUAACAUUGGUUUUACAGGGAAGAAGUUAAGAAGUACACUAAAGUAAAAUUUGAAAAUAAAUUUAUCAGUCAAAAUCGGUCGAGACAUAACGUACCAAUAACUUCUUUUGUUUGCGAGAAUUAUUGCUUACUGUCGAAGGAUAUUUUUAAUUAGAAAUAGUCCAUAUUUUGUAAUAAAAAUAAGUUUAAUAAAUUAUCGAAACCAUUAUAUGAUUGUAAAACACAGGUGACUAUAUUUUA